UGUUGAUUAGAUAUACAAGAUGAGUUAGAUGGAUUUCAAUAUUAUAAAAAGAUUAAAAUAAAUGUGAUAUCAUCAAUCAUUCUAGAAUCUUUUUACAACCAACUGAUUUAUGCCAUUUCUAAUAGAUGAUUUGAAGCCAUCUCAAUAUUGUGUAAAUGAGGAAUGAUAGCAUCAAAUAUAUCCUAUUAAGAAAGAAACUCAAAUAAUCCAUCUGAUCCUAUCAGUAGAACUUUAUCAAUGAUUUCUAAUGUGAAAUUAAAUACUUCUGGUUUAUCAAUAACUCCUACUUUUUUAGCCACUUCAUCUCCCAUAGAUCUUGUCAUAGCCAAUCCAGGAACAUUAGCAUUAUUCCAUACUCUUAAUGGACCAUAAGGUAGACCUUUAGAAUUUCUAUAUGAAUCUAUCCUACCACCAUAAUUUAUUAUUCUUUAGGCUUCAUCUGCACAAUGAGGUUUGUGAUCC